AUGAGGCAUCGUAUGGCUUUCCUGAAAUUGCAGCAAUUGAUUGGGGAUGGUGAUCCCGAUGGCGAACCAGAUAGUGAUCCAGGUUGCGAACCAGAUAUUGAACCAGAUGGUGAACCAGAUGGUGAACCAGAUAGUGAACCAGAUAGUGAACCAGAUAGUGAACCAGAGAGUGAACCAGAUGCAGACGACGGUGAUGCAGAGGGCAAUGUAGGAUGCGAUGUUGUCAUUGAUGUAGACGCUAGUCCAGAUGACGAACCAGAUGAUAAUAACGCUGACGGCAAUGUUGCUAGCGAUCCAGUUGGCGAUGACAUAGACGGCGAUACAGACGGUGAUCCUGAUGGUGAACGAAACAGUGAAGUAGAAGAUGGUGAUCCAGAUGGUGAUCCAGAUGGUGAUCCAGAUGGUGAUCCAGAUGGUGAUCCAGAUGGUGAUCCAGAUGGUGAUCCAGAUGGUGAUCCAGAUGGCAUGGCAGACAGCGAUCCAGAUGACGAGGUAGAUGGCGAUGCAGAUGAUGUUAAUGAUGCAGAGGGCGAUCCGGCUGGCAAACUAGAAGAUGACGAUGCAGAUGAUAAAGCAGAUGGGGAACCGGAUGGUGACGAAGAUGAUGAUAAUGAUGCAGAAGGCGAUCCGGCUGGCGAACUAAAAGAUGACGAUGCAGAUGCCGAACUAGAUGGCGAAGUAGAAAUCGACGAUGCAAAUGCCGAACCAGAUGGUGAACUAGAAGAUAGCGAUGCAGAUGCCGAACCAGAUGCCGAACUAGAAGAUGGCGAUGCAGACGGUGAUCCGGAUGGUGAAGCAGAAGGUAUCGAUGCAGACGGCGAGCCACUUGGUUGGCUACUAGUUUUCACGCUCGGAAGAACUUCUGUGAUCAUAUCGAUAAGCUUGUCUAAGUUCGCGACGCCGAGGAGCGAAAGGCGGACAUAG